AUGGAAAAACCGUUUCCACAGUGGCUCAUUUCACGAGGCGAACCGAUAGUCUGCACCGUGUUUCGGAUUAUGCAUGGAAGACAAUCUUUGAAAGUCGUUGUUUACCCACUUUUUGUGGGCAUUUUUGCGGGGAAAACCUGUGUAUGUCUCUACAGCUUCAGCAAGUUUGAUAAGUUGUUGGACAAUACCCAGACCAAGCAGACUGCACCGGAGUACGAACUCGAUGUGAAUUGCUUUGAGUUCAAUUCCAAUUUAGUGAUGUUUGAAGAGAGCAGCAGGAAGUACUUCCAAGACAAACUUCUUGAAGACCACAGAAUACACAAACUCGACGUGAGUGAUAUCAUUGACCCUGCUAUAAAAUCGGCACUCUACGUCUUGUACGAACUCAGAACAAACUUCAAACCGCUCCACGGCUACAAAUUUGAGUAUGGAGAGUCGUCACAUCAAUGGAACGGCCCUUCCAAACUGACGUACGAUGUCAUUGCAAAUCUGAUUCAAGCCGCUAAACCUAUUUUGCUCAAGGACAACUCUGUGGUGCGAAUACAGCCCCCAUGCUAUUGCAUUGGUGAUUUACACGGAAAUUACAGAGAUGCAACUGCUCUGGCGCAGCUUUUCAGGUUGGUUCCUGCAACAACUAUAUGUACUUGCAAAUACUUGUUUUUGGGAGACUACGUUGACCGAGGAACUCACCAAAUUGAGGUCAUAUGCUUCUUAAUAGCUCUUAAGGUUUUGGCUCCCGACAUGGUCUUCAUGUUGAGGGGUAAUCAUGAGUGUAGUCGAGUCAAUGGAAGUAUCGAGACCUAUGGGAAAAUGUCGUUUCUUGGGCAGUGCCAAAGCCAGUACGGGCACAAAGGGGGGUACGAUGUAUGGAACAUGUUCAACAAUUUAUUCAAAUGCCUUCCACUCUGCGCUGUGGUGGACAACAAGCUGUUUUGUGUGCACGGCGGGAUUGCGCACGAGCUGUGCACCGAGUCACUUUGUGCACUCCAACUCAUCGAUACAUUUGAGAGACCGUGUGAUUGUCAAGACCCUCUCAUUAACGAAAUGUUGUGGUGCGAUCCAGCAGACUCAAGCGAGGAGGGGCUAAUUAAGACAAAGGGUAGGGACGGGUUUGGACCAAGCAGAAGAGGGAAAGGAACGUACAUUUUUGGAAAAGACGCGAUCCAAACUUUUCUAAAGAAUUCCGGGCUGAGAUUCAUUAUCAGAGCGCACCAGUCGGAGGAAAUGGGUAUUGGGCUCAGACAAAAUAACCGAGUCGUCACCGUUUUCAGCUCGAGCCAUUACUGCGGACUCACAAACUGCGCGGCCGGGCUUUUAAUCAACAACGGUACGAUGACAGCUGUUGUGAUAAAUGGGAGGGAUUAUGUGAGAAUCAAAGACGAAGAGUCAAUUAAGGCUGUGUGGGCAAACUCAGAAACAGAGUCGUUUUCAGAGUUUUCGCAUAUGGAAAACUUGUGUUGA